UGCCGCGUCCGACCGUUGGUCUCUCUCCAAGCAAAGAUGGCCGAAGAUGCUCCACAAGCUCAUCCACAGCAGCUAGUGGACGCCCUUGCCGGCUUGUUAAGGCCGCUGAAAUUAUGUCAUGGCCUUCGCUUCAAAGAGCAGAGCACCUCUGUGGAGAGAGUGGACUUUCAUCACCGGCAAGAGCUUUGCUUCAUCCGCAUUCAAGAGGCGCCCGUGCCGCCUCCUGAGCCGCCCAUUCCCACCUCGGUGCGCAUUGGAGGUGGCUUCUACAUUCCCGAGAUCCGGGAAUCUGCUGUGGAGGCUGCAAAGGCAGCCGCAGAGCGGGUGAAGCGAUCUAACUCCAAGUCAUUGGAGCGAAGGCCUAGCAAGUCAUUGGAGCGAAGCACCACCUUGGAUGGAACUGGCAGCCAAGCUCCUUCACGAUCGGGGACUAUGAGCCUUGAGGAUGGUAACCUCAGCCUUUCCCGCAGUUUGACGCCCUCGGUUUUGGAGGAAGAUGGGAAAUUAUCGCGGAGACCCAGCAAGAUGGGCAGCAGCUUGGCCCUUCCUGGAGGUCCCGUUCUGUUGGGAAAUUCACCAUCAGAGAAGAAGCCCGGUGAAGAGACGGACGGAACAUCAGGAGCCGAGGAGACAGAGAGCAAUGUGGGAGGAUCAACCUUGAACCUGGAAUACUUGGAAGAGGCUGGUGAAGCUGGCGAAGAGGCAAACAAGAGAGUGCCGUCCAAGUUCAUACACGGAGAAGUGCAGGAGUCUGCCGAGGGUGAUCGAAGAGGACAUGGUUUCCACUUUGGGACCUUUACCCGUGGCUCCUCUCGUGCUCGCUUUGGUGACCGGAGAGGGUUGAAACCUGGAGAACAUGUGGAGGAUUACAUGGGUGCCGCCCCAAAUGCCGACUGUGCCUUUCGAGUGCUAACAAGCGCUCGCAGACGCCGGAAUUCCCUUCCGAACCCCAACUUGCGGCGAGGAUCAAAGGACUUGUCCGCAGCAGUUGAGGAAUCCUGCUAUCCGGGAUCAGAAGCAAUGCAGGCGCUGAUCGAGGCAUUGGGGCAUGAGGUGGUUGAGUUGGAUCGACUGCAAGUACAGCGCAGCGAAUGCACGGUGGCGAACAAGUGGAAAGUGGAACUGUGCUACAUGUACGCAGACAGCCCCACAGAGAGGACUGUGGAGAAGGAGGUGGAAGUGUUCGUCGAGAAGCAAGUCCACGUGCCCGUGGAAGUUCCCAAAAAACGCCCUUUGUGCGAUGACACAGGAUGCCAAACCACCGGCAUAUGGUGCUCCUACUGCGGGGCGCCUGGGCACACAAAGGCCAAUUGUCCCCUGCUGGCUUUGCAAAAGCGAAUCAAGGAAUUGGAAGAUCAACUGAAAGGUCCGCGGCACGAAGACUGUCAACUUUGCGGGUCAUGUCGCCAUGUCGCACCUGAUUGUCCAUCCCUUUUAAAGCCUCCUGGUGCGAAUGUUGGUGUUCAGACCGAUCCGAGCUGCCAAUUGUGUGCAAAAUUUGGCCACUUCGCACCACAGUGUCCCCUUUUGGCCGAACUGCUCCAGCCCAAAGUCGAAGCAUCUCCAGCGAGGAUUCGUGUUGGAGGAGGUUGGCUCAUUGCACCACAAGUGCCUGGCUUGAAAGAAGGAGGAUUGAAUGAGACUGAUGCUUUGGAACUUUUGGCCAGUGCGCACACCGCUGGAUGCUUGAACAAAGAGACCGGGCAAGUGGAGUAUUGCGGCUCUCCCAGCCGCCCAGGCAGUGCUCCCUCCAGCCGCCCAGUCAGUCCCAGACCGCCAAGCUCUCCAAUGAUGUCACCCAGAAGGGGUCGAGCUCAAGCCACCUCGAGUUCACCAAGCAGACCCACCUCACCUGCAUCACCUGGAACACCCAUUGCAGAGACCUAUGCUCCCAAAGAUCCAGCCAGAGUUCUCAGCGGCGGGCAGAUGGGCCCAGAGAGAUUUAAGCAAAUGGAGCAGGAACGACGAGAGUUGUCGGAACGCAUCUCCAAUGGCCAAGGGAAAGCGCCAUCUCAGGGCCCACGGGGCUUCAUCAUUGGCACCUUUGUCCAGGGCAGCCAUGACAAGCACCGUUUGAGCAGUGACACGGGGCCGCGGACUAUGUACCGCGUCUACCGGAGCGGGAUUUCAACCGAGUCGGCCAUGGACCCGGAGAGCCUGAAAAAGGCGCAAUCUAGGAGCCGACGCAGCUCAUUGGCGUCCAAUCCAGAGGUCUCCUCGGACCCGGAAGAUGAUUGUGGCUGUGGUCACUGUGAGUCCCAUGAGCAGCCACAGAUCGUCAUCGUGCCAGCGGGCUCUGCCACGGAGGCCGUGCGCGACAACCAUAGCCGCCGCGGUUCCAAGAGCUCCGUGGCCAGCCGCAGCUGCAGCCGAGAACCUCCAGGCCGCAGCUGCAGCAAGAGCUCUACCAGGUCCUCGCCCUCAUGAGGCGAGGACACGGCUUUUGACAUCUCUGAAUUUGCUCGCACGGGACGGAUGGAUGCAUCCCCUCAGCUUGCAGGUCAAACCUCGUUGUAAAUAGCGUGCGGUUUUUAUUGUUUUGUCUUUUUUUUCUCACUGGUUUCUGCUUCCCUUCAGGGGCAGUGAAUGCCAGGAUUGGGUGUGUUGCCUUUUAAAAGGGCAACCUUUUGUUUGCCUUUGCCAGAAGUGCUUGCCUGAGGCAUGGCGAUGAUUAGAAAUCCACUCACAGGGGAUAUGCAAUGGCUCCAAUGUGCUUUGAUAGCGUUAUCGACUCUCGUGAAUUGCUGGUCAUCAUGGUUUUUGAGAUGGUGAUGGGGUCCAGAGC